AUGCUGGAGGUUCGGGAUCGGCUUUGCCGGCACCAGAGCGCCGCCGGCUCUGAAAGCUUGCUCCGCAUGGAGGAUCCCUCGCUCCUCCUCUUCGGGCCCCCGGAACACCAGGGCAGCGAGCUCUCCUCUGCGGAGGCCGUCGGCUGCGGCAAGGCCUUUGCCGAGCUGGUGAGCAAGCUCGUGUCUGUUGUCGGCUUGAAGGGCCAAUCGCCCACACUGCCAGCGGUGGAGCGGCCUUACCAGGACUGGGAGGUCCAAGUGGCCUGGGCCUUCGAUCCGAACUUGGAAGCCGCUUGUCCGGAAUGGGCUCAGGCCCGAGACUUGAUCAUCUUCUUCCAGAUGCUCUUGUCCAGCGUCCCGGCCCUGUCCCAGUCACUCGAGGGACAGGGCGUGGCACCGGCCGGGGAUGCAGCGCUCUCUGCGAGCAGCAUGGCAGAGUGUGGCUUCAGCCUUAGUCUCUUCAACCCACCCAGCAAGCUCACGGUGAAGGUGCUCCACAUCUGCACCAUUGCCUCGCGACAUGCCAACUUCCUCUACACGCAACCCUCCCUGGCCCACCCGAAGGUGCUUUGCCCCUCCCUGCCCUACCUUCGCUUCGGCGGCUCCCUGGAAAACGAGAUCGCUUCAACGCCACAUCUCCCGGACUUCGACUUCUCCCUGACGCAAGCACAAGCAGAGACCUUGCUGAUGAUCCUGAACUGCCCUGGGCUCCGCAUCCCGAUGCUUCUCCAGUUCGUGGUCCCGAAUCAUGUGGCCCUCCUCCACCACCGGCAGUUCCAGAGGAUCUUCUUCGCCUGCCUCUUCGAGCCCGGCCCCUUUCCCAAGGAGCCUCGGGAAGAGAAAACAGCUCGGCCUCCCAGGGUCCAAAGCCUGCGAGAGGCCAAGGUGCCCUGUUUGGAGCCCAUGGCGAUCGAGUUCGGGUGGCUGAGCACUGAGAUGGCCACGAGACCGCAGCUGCUACUGCCCUUCCUGCACCAACUCUUCGAUGCAGUGAAGGACUUGGGACACAUGUCCGAGCCCAUGCUGUUUGUUUCGUUGUUUCUGGCAGAGCUUGCAGAUCCAUUCUGCCACUGCCCGAAGUUCGUUGCAGAUGCCUGUCGGUUCGCUCGCCUUCGCG